ACGUCGCGCUGCAGUGGGCGGAGCCGCGGCCCAACGCUGCCACUAGAUACUAUCGAGCCUUUGGAAUCCAGAAAACGGAGAGAAUCGAAAAUAAAACAGCGAAUAAAAAAUAUAACAAAUAACGACCAGGAGCAGCAGCAUUAGCUGACCUGCAGCUAUGGAUUCCUCUUUACCCCCCGACCCGAACCCUGAUCCUGAACCCGGCCCAGACAUGACUUCACCAGCUGCUGCUGCUCAGGAAUUACCCCUCGAACCCUCAGAUUCAAUUCCACAAUGUCCACAACUUUCUGUUCCAACCCAAGAACCAUGUGCAGAUCCAUCUCUACCCCCACAACUGACCCCUGAGCCGAUUCUCGCGGCCAACCUCUGCAAGAUCAUGACCUUCAGGCCCACCAUGGAAGAAUUUCAGGACUUUGGGAAGUAUAUUGCAUACAUGGAGACGCAGGGAGCUCACCGGGCUGGCCUGGCAAAGGUUAUCCCACCGAAAGAGUGGAAACCGCGGCGCUCUUACGAGACGAUCGAGGAGAUGGUCAUUCCCGCCCCCAUCAUGCAAGUGGUGACGGGCCAGUCGGGACUCUUUACGCAGUACAACAUCCAGAAGAAGUCCAUGACAGUUGGCGAAUACCGCAAACUGGCCUACAGUAAAAAAUACUGCACCCCUCAACACAAGGACUUUGACGACCUGGAAAGAAAAUACUGGAAAAACCUGACGUUUGUGUCGCCCAUUUAUGGCGCCGACAUCAGCGGCUCUCUGUAUGAUCCGGACAUCACGGAGUGGAACAUAGCUCAUCUCAAUACUCUUCUGGACAUGGUCGAGCAGGAGUGCGGCAUCGUCAUCGAGGGCGUCAACACGCCCUACUUGUACUUCGGCAUGUGGAAAACCACGUUCGCCUGGCACACGGAGGACAUGGACCUCUACAGCAUCAACUACCUACAUUUUGGACAACCGAAAUCCUGGUAUGCGAUUCCUCCCGAGCACGGCAAGAGGCUGGAGAGGCUGGCGCAAGGUUUUUUCCCUGGAAGUUCUCAGGGCUGCGACGCGUUCCUCCGUCACAAGAUGACCCUCAUUUCUCCGUCGAUCCUGAAGAAGUACGGCAUACCGUUUGACAGGAUCACUCAAGAAGAGGGGGAGUUUAUGGUCACGUUUCCGUACGGCUAUCACGCCGGAUUCAACCAUGGCUUCAACUGCGCAGAAUCCACCAACUUCGCAACACUGCGCUGGGUCGACUACGGCAAAAUGGCCACACAGUGCACGUGCCGUAAGGACAUGGUCAAGAUCUCCAUGGAUGUGUUCGUGCGCGUCCUCCAGCCCGAUCGCUACGAUCAGUGGAAACAAGGGAAGGACACCACGGUCCUGGACCACCUUAAACCGACAACCCUCACCAGCUCGGAGCUGGAGCACUGGAGGAAAACCAGAGUCACGUUCAAAGAGAAACUGCUGCGAAGGACGCAAGCGAAGGUGAAACAGUUCCGCCGUCUGAAGCUGGAGGAGGUGAAGAUCCUGGCCGAGGAGGGCAUUGAGCUAGACAUGAGCGAGUAUAUGAGGAAGGUGGAGGAGAGGGAGGAAGAGAGACGGAAACAGAAGGACGAGCGGAUGGCCCGCGAGGCGCUCCUGACGCUGGAGGCGCUGGAAAGAGAGGAGCAGGAACAGGCCGAGGCGGCGCUCCGGGGAGCAGGUGAAGAUGGCAAAACAGAUUCCCAGGAUGCUCCGGUGGAAAACGGCCAUCAGAAAAAGAGGAAGAAGAAGCAACCAAAGAUUCCAGACGAAAUCAGCUUCCAGGAUGCGUUUGAACAGUUUGCUUCGACUGAACAGCUGAGUCCCUUCACAAAGCUGAAGAAGAAGGUGGAAGUGAAGAAGAGCCGACGACAUCCGUUCAGCAAGCCACCCAUGAGGUCGCCGCACUCCAUAGUCAAACAGGAGGCGUCCAGCGAUGAGGAGCUGUACUCUGGGCUGCCUGUAGAUGGCGGUGUGGAGCCGGUUGUCAAGAAGACGGAAGACAGCGAUCUGUGGCAAAAUCGCUCGCCGAACCUGCUCUCUGAGAAACAGUUUAACGCCGCCAUGGCAACCAUCGAGCCGCACUGUGCCGUGUGCACGCUCUUCUGUCCGUACACGCAGCCUCUGAAGUAUCCCACCCUCCUCUCGGACACGGCCGGGGCGGCCACCAGAUUGGGCUCUCGCACCCGUCCUCUGGUCCCGGAAAUGUGUUUCAGCGCUGGUGCAGAAAACCCAGAACCCCUCCCGUCUAAUUCCCACAUCGGUGAUGACGGUACCAGCGUCCUGAUGUCCUGUGGAAGCUGCAAUCUGCAAGUUCAUGCCAGUUGUUACGGCGUCAAUCCAGACACAAAGCAAGAAGACUGGACGUGUUCAAGGUGUAGCGUGCAGGCAUGUGCGGCUGCGUGCUGUUUGUGCAGUUUAAGAGGAGGAGCUUUGAAGAAAACCACAGAUGACAGGUGGGUUCACGUGAUCUGUGCCAUCGCCGUGGCUGAAGUUCGAUUCGUCAACGCCGUGGAGCGAGAGCCGGUUGACGUCACUGCCGUCCCUGAUACCAGGAAGAGUCUGAAGUGUGUGUACUGCCACAAGAUGACCAAACAGGUCUUCGGUGCGUGCAUCCAGUGCUCAUUCGACGACUGCUCAACCUCCUUCCACGUCACCUGCGCCCUCCUCGCCGGGGUGACGAUGAAACCUGCUGAUUUGCCGUACGUUGUGUCCGUCACCUGCCACAAACACAAACAGACCAAUCAGAAGGUAUAUGAAAAAUGUACGAUAAAAACAGAUCGGUUUGUUCGAUAUGUCCGGAGGCUGACGGCUUUCCUGAUGCAGGUCAAAGGUGGCUCUCGUGAUCUGUCUCUGGGUCAGGAGGUCAUAGGCAAGCACAGCAACGGCUGGUUCUAUCGCUGCACCAUCACUGGGAUCGGAUGCCAGAGCUUUUACGAAGUCAAUUUCGACGACGGCUCAUACUGUGAUAACGUCUUCCCAGAGAAUUUACUGAGUCACGAUUGCUUGCGGAACGGACCUCCAGAACUUGGAGAACUUGUAGUCGUCAAGUCGUUAGACGGCAAGGUCCUCAACGCAUCUUUUGUUAAAGAACACAUUCAUGGAAAGUACCAGGUGGAGUUUCAGGAUGAUACUCAGCUCAUGCUGAAGCGAAGUGAGAUUCACUCUCUGGACCAGGACCUGUCCAAGAGGGUUUUGUCUCGUCUGGCAACUACAAACCAACCACAACCUCAGACCAAGCCAUCCGAUGAACCUCUGGCCGCAAAACGCCCACGUUUGCCGACCCCGCCUCCUACGCUAGCUGCCGAACUACCAGCGCUACCUCCCGACUUAAUCACCCCUUACCUGCCCAGCAGUAUUACCCCACACACCCCCUGCCUGCCGCCCGCCGCCCUGCACGCCCCAGACCUUCAGCCGGAACUCAGCGACACCUACACGCACAGCUCCAGCUACGUAGCCUACAUGGAGUCUCUCCUCAACUCAGACUUUCCAGAAGAGGGCGAUCAAGGCGGCGAUCUGAUGUAUUAAAGGCCUGCCUCUCGCUUUCGACUCUUAAACAACUCUUCUGCAUGUCUUGUGUCAUUAUUCUCGCUGUUGUGCUAAGUCUCGCGCCCACGAAUGGAUGCAGGAUGCGUGAUUUCUAAAAUUGGCGUCACUUACGGGAGCGCAACACUCUUCCGGCCUUCGACGAUCCCUCACUCUUUCUUUUGGAAAAAGACGCCACACGGUUUUUUUUGGACCAAGUGAUCACGCUUGUAUGUGCUUUUUACUUUAUACCUGAUUUUCUGUACUAAAUAUUUUUCUAAUUCAAGCCAAACUGUCACGUUAACCGGUCAUGUAUCAAAUAGACAGUUUAUAUCUGUACAGUUUCAGGUAUUUUUCUCAAUACUCGAGGGACAGGAAGGGUUCAACCGGGGUUCAACAAGUAUUUAAACGUCUUUUGUCAGACAUAGAUUUAAUAUUUGUACAAAGAAAUCACAAAUACGACAGCGUCAGAAGCUAUGGCUUUCAGCUAGCGUAAACCUUUGCAUUACGAUAGGUCUUCAUGUAUUUUGUCGACUAUAAUCAACGAUUUUUCGUCAGCGAGUUGAUUGGAUUUGUUUUUGUAGCAUACGUGGUAAACGUAGACGUUGAUAUUGAAUACUAUUCACCUGUCUGUUUUUAUUCAAAUUACUGUUGUUGUUGUUAUUAUUAUUAUUUCUAUCGAUUUUUAUUUGGUGAAACUUUGCAACAUAAUGUUAAAAUAUGGGGAAAAAAGUUUAUGGUUUAUAUUCAAGAGAUUGAAUUCACUUACUUUGGAUUGUAUAGUCACGCGAGCCUCCUUCUCAAGGUGCUAUGAAGUCCUAGACUACUGAGGGGCGCUUUGGAUCACACGACCCGCGACAAGGUAUACAUACUAGAUGUCCCAUACAUGAUGAAUUGUCAUGUCACCUUCAUAUUAAGGGUCCCAAACUGGUUUUGGUUUUCAUAAUCUGCCGAUUUUCCGAUUUUGGCUUGAGAGAGUGAGAAACCUUAUUUGGUCUUCCUUCUUUAAGACCUCUUCAGACUGAUAUGCUAUGGCUGAAGAAUCAUCAGAGAUGCGGAACAGACGUCUGGAAGGAGGUUCUGUAAAGCCAAACAUCUUUUUAAGUUUAAUGGGACAAACUCCUCAUGUGUCAACAUCAUCUGGAGUCCCUUUGGUUGUCGAUUUAAUUUGAACUGGUAUAUUCGUGAGGUUUGCAUUAACACAAUAACUUCACAAAGGUGGAAAAAAAAUUAAACUAUAUAAGCCGGGAAAUGUUUAUCUGUGCAGAAGUACUAGGAAAGAUUCUAAUAAAAUGUGAAGUGAAAGUA